AUGAUCUUAAUCAAGCGACCAGAAGAGCGGAAACCAGGAGCAACUGACAGGGUUGGGGCCAGACUUCAUUCAGUCACCGUGGACGUCCCGACUUGCUCCGAGAGUGGAACUGUUCUUUCAGUUCAUGUGUCAGCGAGGACGAAGCGAGCGUAUUUCAAGUGCGGCACCCAUCUACCGAUUCUCGACCCCCCGGUCUCCGCAGCGCUGGCCUACACAGCACCUUCGUGUAAAUCUGCCAUUCCUCUCGCCGACCAAGUUCCGACAAUGACCUGCGUCUUUAACCGGCCCCGUAACCUUUAUGUAGUCACGCUGAAGCAGCUGCCUGCUCACGAAAGAAAAACAAUAUACUACCGAUGCAUGGAGCCUGGCAGCCCCGCUGCAUGUAGAGUCGUCGUCCAUGUCCCCCCCGCCCCGCCUGAUCCCCAGAGUCCGCGAGGAUCCUCUCCAUCGGAGGUGCAAUCAUGCUCCACGAGUGGAACGACCAUUACGGUGGAAGCCUCCAUCCAGACAAAGAAGGCUCAGUUCAAAUGCGGAGGAGGAAUGUUCCAGCUGGAUCCUCCGUUCUUAGCAGACACAACGUACACGGCUCGAUCGUGCACCAAGCCCGUACCCCUACGGACACAAGUGGCUGGAUCCUUGUUCAUGUCGCCGUUCGAGGAUGACCUUUACACUCUGCAACUUAAGACUUUCCCCGUCGACCGACCGAGGACUUUGUACUAUGUUUGUACGUCUCCCGGGAGCAGCAGAAGUUGCAAGGUUGCAAUUCAUGUCCCUCUUGAUCCGACGGCAACCCAGGAUGUGGCUCGGUACCACGACAUCCCUGAGUGCUCGGAGAGCGGCGCGACAGUCACAGCUUUCGUUUCUCCAAACACGAGAGCCGCGCAAUUUAAGUGCGGACCAGCAUUGUUUGAGUUGUAUCCUCCUCUGGCGUUCCAGAACGCGUAUGGGAGCCGUGCGUGUGUGACGCCCAUACCGCUGGGCGACAUUGUGAGCGGGACGCUCAGUCUAGCUGCCGGCGGCAACAACUUGUACACCUUGCAGCUCAGCGGGCUUCCUGCCAGAAAGCCCAAAGAUAUGUAUUUUAAGUGCAUGGCCCCCGACGGCAGCAGUUCGUGCAAGGUGCAUAUAAAGGUACCCAAACAUUCCAAUUCACUGAGAGCUCUGAAGGCGCCAAAAAUCCAUGUGUGCUACCCUGGACCAGACGCCUCUCUAAGGAUCCGCGCGUCGGCGUAUAGCUCCUUUUAUAUCAGGUGCGCAGCCGGCCUGUCCCAUUCGCCUACUGUGGAGACAGACGUCUACGACAACUUGGAUGGAAGCUGCAGCUCCGCAGGGCCACUGGAUCGCCACGUGAAGGGCGCAGAGCUAGUAAGGGCACCGCAAGUGAGAAGAGUAGGCACUACUUACAUUUUCUCGGUCGAGGAGUUGCCUGAGGUACCACAGCAGCUUUGCUAUCUUUGCGCGCCCAACUCGAACUUGCGGACAGAAGAAUGCCGCAUACUCAUCACUGUUCCAGCAAGAAAUUACUCGACCUCGCGAGGCCUGCCCCCACCAACUCGCCCCCCCUCCCCAUCAGCUCAGGGAAGACCUCACGGCGCCCUGAUCAUGGCGAUCUUGCAGGUUGGAGCCCAUUUGACAGGUUGUUUCUAG